AUGUCUGCUACCGGCGUCAAGCGGGACCAUAAUGGCCGCGCCAAGAUCGCGCCAGAUGCGCCGCGAGGCCGUUUUCACGACAUGUUUGAGGGCUUCCGAGACGAGCUGGACCAGCACCACGACAGACGCGAGCGCCUUGUCAAGGUCUCGAGGGACGUAACAGCACAGAGUAAAAAGAUAAUCUUUGCUCUACAAAGAGUCAAGGAGCUCAACAAGGAGCUCCCGCCCAACAUCCAAAAGGACGUGGACGGCCGGAUGACCGAGAUCGCCACGCUCCUCGGCUCCGUCGCGCCGGAGCUGCAGUCGUCCCUGCACCGCCACCGCUACCAGUCUACGCUGCGGUGCCUCGAGGAGCUCGUCGAGGCGCUCUCCUUCGCGCACUACCUGCGGCAUCAGACGCUCAUCACGCCCGCGGAGGCGCGCGCCGCCGUGCCGGCCGGCGUCAGCCUGACGGAGCACGACUACGUCUACGGCGUCUUCGACCUCUUUGGCGAGCUGAUGCGCUUCGCGACCGUCACGACGGCGCAGACGGGCCGCCUACUCAGUGACGAGUACGCGCGCCGCAAUCUGCUCAGCGACAUGCAGGAGCUGGGCUGCGCGUUCGAGAUGAUGCCCGACGUGCCUACGCGCGACUACCGUAACAAGGUUGAGGCCAUGCGCCAGAGCGUCAGGAAGGUCGAGAAGCUGGGUUACGGCCUCGUCGUUCGCGGCAGCGAGCGGCCAAAGGGAUGGCUCCCAGAUAUGAAGGAGGAUAUCGCCGAUACCGGCUCUCCAUAG